AUGGGAGGGGUUGUGUUGGCAGCAGCAGUGCUACUGGCUCCCGUGGUGGCCGUGGGGGCGGCGCCACUCGUGCCGGUGACGGACAAGGACCUGGAGUCGGACGCCAGCAUGUGGAACCUAUACGAGAGGUGGUGCAGCGUGUACUCGUCGGGGUCGCCGGACCUCGCGGAGAAGGCGCGCAAGUUCGAGACGUUCAAGGCGAACGCUAGGCACAUCAACGAGUUCAACAAGAGGGAGGACGUGCCGUACAAGCUCGGCCUCAACCAGUUCUCCGACUUGACCGAGGAGGAGUUUGACAGCGGCAUGUACACCGGAGCCUUGCCCGAAGACGCCGGCAACGUCAGCAGUGGCAUGACCGACGACGAUAAGCUGCUGGCCUAA